AUGGAUAUCGAGUACUACGAGUGGGCUCGACUGUCCCAGCCAGUGUUUCCUGCAUUUCCCGAAGCGAGACGUCCACUCCAUCUCCGAAUUGCUCACAAGGUUCAAGACUUCCUUGACGAGCUCAACAUCCCUCGCCUCUUCUACAAGACAUUAGCCUACAGCUAUGUCUUGGUGAUUCUAUGGUGCUUUUACUUGCUCGUGUCUCUUCCCCAACGAUCAAACCAUGAAGUUCAACAAUUGCCAGACGACUUUCCAGUCUUUUCGCAGGAAUUCGACAACUAUUACGAAACCUUCAAGGUGUCUUCAGGUUGUCAUCUCCGCGAAGGUGACCUGUAUAUUGCUCCCAAUGCGUCUGUUCCAGGCAAGGAUCGCAAACCGUUCUGCGCCACCCGCAAGGAAUUGCUCACCGAAAUGUCCAAAGGAGAAACUCGCAGUCCAAAUACACCUUGGGUAGUGCCAGAAUGCCACUACCACUGGUACUCCAUGGCCGAAAUCUGCAUGAUCCUCGGCCGUUUCGACACAAUCAUCUUUGUGGGAGACACGGACCUUCAGAAUAUCUACAACGGUUUCAACAUCCUACUGCGCAAAGACUUGGUCAAGGGAACCUUGGCUACUUGGGACAUGGACUGGGCCUCUCAGUCACAAUGCCUCUGCGAAAAGCAGUUUUCUCGGCCCUCCUGUGCAGGAUCCUGGGUCACCUCGAGCGAACAAGUGCCCCGGCUAACUCGUGGCUUGUACCGUGGAAAUCCAUACAUAUGCGACCGUUCGACGACUCACGCAUUCCUCAGACACUCUUCGGCCUCGACAACUUUGUUGUCGCGCGACGUCCUGGCCCGAUUCAAGGCAUUGCUCGAUCCUCCGAUCCCGCGUCCGCGCAGCAAACGCGUCGCAGUCAUCUACUCGGCAUCUCCCGUCCCUGUCUCCCUCCCGACCGAUCUUGUCUUGGCCUCGAUGCUGGAAUUCAAGAAGGCGUUGUUUUUCUCCCGGCGGGUGAGACGCAGCAGGGCGACGUUGUGGGUUGGCCCCGGCGGCGCCGCUGGUCCCCGGGAGCUUGACGCCGACGCCGACGCUGAGCUCCGGGCGUUCGACGACGACAUGGCCGAUGCGGCUCGCCGCAAUGGGAUCGACGUGCUCUCCAUGCGUAAUCUGACCGCCCGUGCGUGGGGCCCAGGAGGACCUCGCUCGGCUGAAAAGUUGGCCAUCACCCAGGCCAUGAUGGUCUUCAAUUGGCUGGACAGCUUGUGA